AUGCAGGGGGCUGUGACAUCCCUGCCUUAUAUGCUGCUGCUGCUGCUGCUGCUGGGGUGUGGGCCGCAGGUGUCUUCUGGAGGUGGUACUGGUGGGACAGCAGGUUAUGCCCCAGUGAAGUAUGUGCAACCCAUGCAGAAAGGACCUGUGGGACCACCCUUCCGUGAGGGCAAGGGCCAGUACCUGGAAAUGCCUCUACCACUGAUGCCAAUGGACCUUAAAGGAGAGCCUGGUCCCCCUGGGAAGCCUGGGCCUCGAGGCCCCCCUGGCCCUCCUGGCUUCCCAGGAAAACCAGGUACUGGAAAGCCAGGGCUCCAUGGGCACUGGCCCUGCCGGCCCCCUGGCUUCUCACGGAUGGGAAAGGCUGGUCCCCCAGGUCUCCCAGGCAAGGUUGGACCACCAGGACAGCCGGGGCUUCGGGGGGAACCAGGGAUACAAGGGGACCAAGGCCUCCGGGGACCCCCAGGGCCCCCUGGCCUCCCUGGCCCCUCAGGUAUUACUGUCUCUGGAAAACCAGGUGCUCAAGGGGUGCCAGGUCCCCCAGGAUUCAGAGGAGAACCAGGGCCCCAGGGGGAGCCUGGACCCCCAGGAGAUCGAGGCCUUAAGGGAGAUAAUGGAGUGGGCCAGCCAGGGCUUCCUGGAGCCCCUGGACAGGGGGGUGCCCCUGGACCCCCUGGUCUCCCUGGUCCAGCUGGCUUGGGCAAACCAGGCAUAGAUGGGCUACCUGGGUCCCCUGGAGACAAGGGGGAGUCUGGGCCUCCUGGAGUUCCGGGUCCUAGGGGAGAGCCAGGAGAUGUGGGUCCAAAAGGACCUCCUGGGAUAGAUGGUUUGGGGGUGCCAGGGGUAGCAGGGGUGCCAGGGCCACAGGGCCCAGCAGGUCCCAAAGGGGAGCCAGGGACCCGGGGCCCCCCUGGCUUAAUAGGCCCUACUGGUUAUGGAAUGCCAGGACUGCCAGGCCCCAAGGGAGACAGGGGACCAGCUGGGAUCCCAGGGCUCUUGGGGGACAGGGGUGAGCCAGGAGAGGAUGGGGAGCCAGGGGAGCAGGGUCCACAGGGCCUUGGGGGUCCCCCUGGACUUCCUGGAUCUGCAGGGCUCCCUGGUAGACGUGGGCCCCCUGGGCCUAAGGGGGAAGCAGGACCUGGAGGACCCCCGGGAAUGCCUGGCAUUCGAGGGGACCAAGGGCCUAGUGGGUUGGCUGGGAAACCUGGACUCCCAGGUGAGAGGGGACUUCCUGGGGCCCAUGGGCCCCCUGGACCAACUGGGCCCAAGGGUGAGCCAGGUUUCACAGGCCGCCCUGGAGGACCAGGGGCAGCAGGAGCCCUAGGGCAGAAAGGUGACUUGGGGCUCCCUGGGCAGCCUGGGCUGAGAGGCCCUUCAGGAAUCCCAGGACUCCAGGGUCCAGCUGGCCCUAUUGGGCCCCAGGGUCUUCCAGGUCUGAAGGGUGAACCAGGCCUGCCAGGGCUCCCUGGAGAGGGGCAAGUGGGGGAACCUGGCUCUGCUGGGCCCACAGGACCCCCUGGGGUCCCUGGUUCCCCAGGACUCACAGGCCCUCCUGGGCCUCCUGGGCCUCCUGGCCCUCCUGGAGCCCCUGGGGCCUUCGAUGAGACUGGCAUUGCAGGUUUGCACCUGCCCAAUGGUGGUGUGGAGGGCGCUGUGCUGGGCAAGGGGGGAAAGCCACAGUUUGGGCUGGGUGAGCUUUCUGGCCAUGCCACACCAGCCUUCACCGCAGUGCUCACCUCACCCUUCCCUGCUUCGGGCAUGCCAGUUAAGUUUGACCGGACUCUCUACAAUGGCCACAGCGGCUACAACCCAGCCACUGGCAUCUUCACCUGCCCUGUGGGCGGUGUUUACUACUUUGCUUACCAUGUGCACGUCAAGGGCACCAACGUGUGGGUGGCCCUGUAUAAGAACAACGUGCCAGCCACCUACACCUAUGAUGAAUACAAGAAGGGCUACCUGGACCAGGCGUCUGGUGGGGCCGUGCUCCAGCUGCAGCCCAAUGACCAGGUCUGGGUACAGAUGCCCUCGGACCAGGCCAACGGCCUCUACUCCACCAAGUACAUCCACUCCUCCUUCUCAGGAUUCUUGCUCUGCCCUACAUAACCUGCGGGGGGGCCCUGCUGCCCUGGCCUCCUCCUCUUUAGUGGUAG